AUGGUGAUCAAAGUCUUUGUAGCCACAUCUUCGGGGUCUACAGCGAUCAAAAAGAAACAGCAAGAAGUAGUGGGCUUUUUAGAGGCCAACAAGAUUGACUUUCAGCAAAUGGACAUAGCAGGUGAUGAAGACAACAGGAAAUGGAUGAGAGAGAAUGUCCCGGGUGAAAAAAAGCCUCAAAAUGGAAUUCCCCUCCCUCCACAGAUCUUCAAUGAGGAGCGGUACUGUGGGGAUUUUGAAUCCUUUUUCUCUGCUAAAGAAGAAAAUAUUAUUUAUUCAUUCCUGGGUCUUGCUCCUCCUCCAGGCAUAAAGGAGAGCGAGAAGACUGAUGCCACGAACGAAACUGAGGCACCCACGGAAGAUAAGGCAGAUGAAGGGGCUCAUGAAGAGACUCAGUCUGCUCAGUCACCAUCAGAAGAUCAACAGGAAAACAAGGAAGAACAUGCAGCCACAGGGGUAUAGUAUAUUUGGCUAAAGCAUACAAUUAAAAAUACUAAAAAAAGGAAGAAGAAGAAAAGCAGGAAGAGGGAGAAGAAAAGGAAGAGGUGGAGGAGCAAGAAGAGUCUUAGUACAUUUCCCCAUGACACAUUCUUUCUUGAACAGGUUUUCAGGAUGCACAAGCUGGAGCAGCCCCAUCACAGAAAAAAAAUGAGUCUCAAGCAAACCAUCGCUGCCUUUCAUGUGUGUAGCCUUAUGAACAUAUUAAUACAUAACAGAACAAAGACACCACUCUGUCCUACCUGUGGCCUUUAUAUAUAUAUUUGGUAUUCCGAGUGCUUGUUAAAAUGGGUCUUCUUAAAUCUGACUGAUGAUAUUUCAGUUGAUUGUUACAUGUUGGAAUAGUGUUGUCCAUGUCACAUUUUAGAUUGUAAGCUCUUCAGGGCUGGAACCAUGUCUUUCUCCGUGUUUAUAUACUGCCAAACACCUUGCUGCCACUCAGCAGAUAACUGCACUCACACAAGUGACGUAUUCAGAGAAAAAGAAAUUCAGCACUGAAACCUGCAAAGAGGCUUCCUGUAUACAAGCUAUGUGAGUCACUUCUCCCGCAGCUGGCUUUUGAAAAUGAUAGAGAUUUCCAUUGUACAGCAGUUUAAAUAAAGGCAUUUUCUGUCCUAUC